CCAUCUUUUUGACUGCAUACUCGGACCUGGGACAUUCACAAGUAUCUUUAGAGCGAGACAAGUUGGUUCCUAUAGUUAUUGAGUAACUCCAGAAAUCAUCCUAGAAUGGCUGAAACAGUGGGACAAGCAGGGCAGGCUGCAGCACAACCUGCACUUGAAGUUCUGGCUGAAUUUGGCAAGGAGGCAGCUAAAGUGUGGGGGCGGGUGAAUAUACGUAUCAACAACCCUUGGGUGGCAGCCAUUGACCUUGGUGGGAUAGGUGCGUUCUACCUGGCCAACAAGGCCCUGACCAUGCUGGCUGUCCGUCGGGCUGUUGAGAGGAGGGACCCCGACAACCCCGAUCAGCCAGCCAACCCAGAGGUGGGGUUGGAGGCAGAGGUGGACUCCCUCCUGGUUCCUGUCAUCUUCUACUCCCAGCUGGGCUACCAAUACUUCACCUCCAUCCUGAACGGUCCCUUCCUUAAAGCCUGUCUCCAAGCUGAACUCGCGACGGUUGGGUAUGAGGCACCCAUUGACGUAAGUGUGGAAAAGUGGGAGCUGCCAAACCUGCCGGAGGGGGGAGCAGGACUGAUGGGGAUGAUGAGAGUUCAGGACUGGCUAGCAGAAAUACCAGAAAAGUCUAGCCUCAUCAGCACAGCAGCAGGGGAUUCUGGGAUACCUGAGGAUGUCUCGUCUAUAGCAGGUGUCUCUACUGUUGCAUCAUGGGUGGAUGUAGAGGAGGAGGAGGAGGCUGGACCAUCACAGGCCGGAAUUCCCCAGCAGCCUCCAGCACAGGACACACCUACUGCACAGCAGGCUGAGCUACAGGAGGGUCCACUGAAGGGGUGGAGAGCCAAGCUACUGCAGCACAAGGACUCACCAACUGCACAGCAGGCUGAGCUACAGGAGGAUGUAGAGGAGGAGGAGGCUGGAACAUCACAGGCUAAACGAGCCAGACUUCCCCAGCAGCCUCCAGCACAGGCCACACCUACUGCACAACAGGCUGAGCUACAGAAGAGCCCACUGAAGAGGAAGAGAGCCAGGCUACUGCAGCACAAGGACUCACCAACUGCACAGCAGGCUGAGCUACAGGAGGAUGUAGAGGAGGAGGAGGCUGGAACAUCACAGGCUAAACGAGCCAGACUUUCCCAGCAGCCUCCAGCACAGGCAAAACCUACUGCACAAGUCAAACCUACUGCACAGCAGGCUGAGCUACAGGAGGGCCCAUUGAAGAGGCGGAGAGCCAAACUACUGCAGCACAAGGACUCAACAACUGCAUGGACACGGCUCAGGGCCUACAGCUGUCUGGAAAAGGGGGCUGCCAUGGUAACCACAGGGGGGUACCAGGAGGGGGAGGGGGUGGAGCACCUGCUGGAGGGGGUCAUACUGAUGGGGGCUGUGACACCUGAUGAUGUAACUGGAAUCCUGUAUCACCAGUCCUGGCUGCACCUGGACAAGCCCAACCUAAAUCAACUCACUUCCACACAGCUCCAGGCUAACCCUGACAGCACCCCCUGUCUGCUCAUACAGGCACUGCAGCUUCCCUAUGGAUACAGCCGACAGCAGGCCAUAAACCAUGUGAUCGACCUUGUUCUACAGCAUGGAGAAACAGACCCCAUUUACAAACAUCUGGCUUACAUGUACCGUGCUUUCGGCCAUACAAUAUGGCAGACCACCAAACAACCAGCCCUAGCCCUGUCUGCCUGUGCCAGUGCCCUUAUGCACAAAUCUGACCACCUGACAACCCUGUUUAUCAUAGCAGAGUGCUCCAGGGAUGUUUCUGUCCUACAAGCCAUCAGGCAGUUUCACCACUACAUCCACACAGUUCCAGAUCCCAAAGACCAUUACUGGGUGCCCGAUGCUCAUUACCACCUGGUUACCCUGUACGGCCAGCAGGACCCAUCUGUCCACAGGGACAGAAUCCUGCACCACUACAACAUGGCCCAGCAGACUGACAGGAACAGGCUGCCUGUGCAUGGUCCAGUCCCCAGUGGGCUAAAAGACCAAGCCAGAAGGGUGUAUGAACAUGUCAUAAGCUCAGCCUGA